GAUUCUUUGUUUGACUUGGCGAUGUAAGUUAUGUGUAACGUUAAGUCGUUACAUACCAUUCUGAAUUAUUCGGCUUUGUCUACUUAACUGUCCCUUUGUUAGAAGAGGAGCGUCCCUUCAGAUACUUAGCUUGUCUGACUAUUCGGUGUACAGGUGUUUAUUAGCAUGGAAUGUAAGAUUUUAUGUUAGGGGAUCCCCGUAAAAUCAAACAACCUAUUAUUUAUGACUUUAUUUUAACCAUUGCUCUCUAGCGUUUAGCAUGUGGGGUUUGUAUUCUACCUAUUAACAUGAAAUGUUACCUGGUGACUCCCGGGUUUUUCAUUAAGUUCGGACCGCUCUUCUGGUUAUAUAACAUAUACCAUUAUGUUAUUGUCUCCAGACUCAACCUAAUCACUUGCAGUAGUUUUCUUCGAACAAUGUUGAAUAAAAAAAUGGUUAGGAAUUUCAUCCUCCGCAUACAGAAUAACCUAGACUAUGGUUGUUCAUGAGUUAUCCACCAGGCUUUAUUUGGGGUGCUGAUGUUGACAUCUAAUCUAUUGGGAAAGUCGAGUAGUUCUGUGUAGUAUCAAAUAACAUCUCCAAUGGCCUAAUAUAUGUUCAGUGGUGCUAUGUUACUUGAUAGCAAUGCUGCUAUGGACUUGUUUGAUUUUGGAAUAUUAAUUUAAUCUUAAUGUGACUUCACUAUGAACUUACUGAGAAAACCUUAUGCCUGGUUCAAAGCGUGAUCAUCAUGAUAGUUCUCUCAACUUCGCACUACAGAUCAUCAGUUUGAGUUGAUAUUCACUGGUCAGUCUAUGUAAACAGCACAUCCUUUAGUGACAGAUGUCGGCAUCUCUCAUGGUUGGCUGAGACAACCUUGUCAUUAAACCAUACCCAAAACAGCCAAGAUGAUGGAUCAUCAUGGUUAUUAGACACUAGCAGAGAGUGUUGAGUCGGUAUGUCAUCGGUCUCGAGGGUUUGGUGCUAAAAUCCCGGCGAGACUAUAACCCCCAUACCCAUGAGACAUAGCGAUCGAUUUUUGUUCGUCUUGAUAAUUUCAUUGUGGGUCGGUGCACAUACGUACCAGGUUGUUUGUUUAUAAUCUAGAUUGGCAUUAAAUGCAACAACUAAAAUCCUGGUUUCCAAUUAAAAUGUGAUUUCGAAUGGAUGCUGUAGUGAAGUAUACCCUAUCACUGCCUCCUAUGUCAAGAUUUGGUAAAUCGGAGUGCAGGGACAAAAUUGACUCCUAAACUGACAUCGAGAAAGUUCGGCCGGUUUUUAGCCAGUCAGUGGACAGAUUUCGAGAAAUGGCUGGUUAUAAUCAUCGAAAUAAUUCGUCAACGGGCAAAAUUAAGGCGCAUAUUGUAGCUGACUGACUGACUGAUAUAGCGAUUUUACGUGCUUUACAAGUUUCUCAAAAUUAUUUAAAGUUUCUUGAUGUUUGAUGCUAACGGAUGGUGCCUUUAUACUACAAAAGAGGUGUCAUUCAUACCGCUUAGGUGUGAACUAACCAUAACCACCAAAAUUUGAUAGCAUUCGGUUCUGUUUCUUUACUACACAACUUUAAUCGGAUAUUUCCCUUAUUGGACAUAGUUCCUAAUUUGGCUCGUAACUGCUGUCAUUCUUUUUCUGUUUUCGGAAAAGAUCAGUAUUACUCUUGACAGCUUUACUGAGUUUAUCAGCGUCGAGUGACAGUAAUCGACUUUUCCCUCUCACUUUUUGAAAUUAACUGAUUGGAAUCAACAUCCUAGUCUGAUUUAUUGUCCGUUGUAGUUAGUUUUUUAUGCUUCCAACCAAAGCUUUGUACGAUAAAGUGUUCCUGUUUAACUUGCCCGUUUCUAAGUGGUUUUAUGCCUGUUCAAUAAGUCGUUAAACUUCGGAUUUUUACAAACAAUAAUAUCACAUACUUUUCUGAGUAAAAUUCGUGUACGGACGAUCGUUGAGUGAUGCUUAAGUGAUACUGAAAACGUUACCUAUUUUCUAGGGCCAAAUGAGGGUGAUAAAUUAGUGUGAAGAAUUAGGAUUGAGAUUUACAGUCGAAUGUUAAUGUUAGAAAUUAGAUCUUCGGUUUUCAUUACUAACUGACACCAGCUAUCAUGUCAGAGUUCUAUUUGGAUGAAUGAAUUUCGCGCCAAAAUCGAAGACUGGUUCGUCCACUAAUUCUAGUAUCACCCUUUUCUGUUCACCAGAUUUUAUCAUCUUAUUGGGAUGGUUGUCAUCUGAUUAACUGGUAGCAUCCAUUAACUUUUUCCACCCCCCUAACCUUUCUCACCAACAACUGUUGCAUUUGGAUCUAGAUCGGCUUCGUUUUAGCAUGGUCUACAUCCUAGAGUUCUGUGAGGCUUGAUUAACGGACCCAUAUUCAUUACAUUCUGGCUGAACGUUUAACUUGUUUGAUAGAAAUCAGAGUAUUCUUUAAAAUACUCAGUGUUGAUCCUCCAAGAACACCAAUAUCUUUGUCAAAAACGAUGUUCUUACGCUUUCAAGAGUUUCCCUGUCGAAAGCGAGUUGAUUGUCUCCUGAAUCAAUCGACUUGAUGAAGUGGCAGAAUCCACAAAAUCAGUGAGUUUGGCUUAUGAUACUGUUUACAUCCAGCAAGUGCUGCGUCAUUACACUUGAUAAUAACAUCUAUAUUGUAUCCCAUUUUCAGCUGAGGUGAAUGGAGUAGAUCAUCUACGUCACCAUAAUGGACAACCGCAGCCUCCAAGAUAUGAAAUCGUGGAGUGGUGACACUGGUUAAGGCUUCCGACUUUCAGCCAUCCAGGUUCAAACAUUACCACAUCUGUAAAACCUUGAUCACAGAUUUAGCAUCGUUUUAUAAUUUUGAUUUUUCGAGCUCGUUUUUUCGAGGGAUUUUUAUCAUUUUAUUUUCCAAUGGGGUUCAUACAACUUCGGCACCAUUACUGUUUCAAUUAUUUACGAAUUUUUCGUGAUAAACGAUGCAGACAUGUUAACCGUUAGUACACAACAUUGGUACUCUUCUCUAUCGCAUUACUAGUUAUCUUGCUUGUUAUCAAAAAGUUUGUUCUAGAUGUGUUACGCUCGUUAAACGUUUCCUAAACAUGGGAAAAUAUAAUUGCGCUUCAUUAGUUUUCCUCUCUUUUAAACAGGAUAUUGUAAACACCAAACUAUGUCAGACCAAAUGGUUGAUCCUAAUGAACCAUCAGCGUACAUUGCAAAUGCUGAUGGUACAUACACAGCCAUACCGUUCAGUCAGACUGAAGAUGGGCAAGUGGUAUUGCAGCUAAAUGAGAUGGGUUUGUCCAAUGAAGGUGAAGAAAUGGUUCUAAUUGCUGCUGAUGACACAGCGACAUUGGAAAGUCUGAUUGCUUCGGGUGCUGUUACAGCUAUUGCUGCUGAGAACGGAACAGAGUAUCUACAGUUCACAGAUCCUGGUAUGGAAGGGGCUCAGGUCAUCGAGUUACCAGCAGAUCAAAUGCAACUUUGGGAUCCGAAUUCUAAAGCAUACUAUGAUGCAUCAGGUAUAGGACCUGGUUUCGUUGCUUUAACAGGGCAAUCUAGUGGUGUCACUUACCGUUGUCCAUCUUGUCCAGCUAUGUACGCUAAUGCUAACGCUUUUACUAAACAUAUGCGCGAAAAACAUUUCGUUAAAGUUUACACAUGUCGUCAAUGUGAGGAGUUUUUCGAAACUCUCAGUCAGUUAUUUCUGCACGCUCGACGCAGUCAUGUUGAUCCUAAAAAACCAAAACGAAAUCCGGCCAAUUUCAAAUUUCAUUGUGACCAGUGUAACUAUAUGACGAAUAAUGGUGGGACAAUGGAACAUCAUAAACGGGCACAUACAGGAGAAAAACCUUUUGUUUGUGAUGUUUGCAAUAAACGUUUUGCUCAGAAAGCAAAUAUGAAAACUCAUCGAAAUCGACAUAUUCACCGGGACAAGAUAUUCCGUUGUGACACGUGUAAUAAAGCUUUUUCAUCUUAUGACAUUUACCUUGCUCAUCUUCGAACAAGAGAACAUGAACUUAGGGAACAUUUCGCUAUGAUGGCAUCUUCACAGUUGGCUUUAGAGUGUUUGGGUUGUGCAGUUACCUUCGAUAGCAUAUAUAACCUGAAUAAGCAUACAAGAAGCUGCCGUAUUGUUCGUACUCUACAAACUAAAUUUCGGUGUUUACCAUGUAAUGCCUAUGUCAGUGAUGUGGCAUCAUUGAAAGCUCAUGUAAAAGCCCACGAAGGCAGUCAAAUCAUAUCGUGCCCUGUAUGUGGUGAACGCGGAUUCCCAGGUUUCAAUCAACUAAAUCAUCAUAUUACAAGGGCUCACGCUUUGAAAGUUAAUCGUCGCCACGUUUGUCGUUAUUGUGAAUCCACUUUCGAGAUUAAGAAAGACUUAGAUAUGCACAUUCGAAGUAUGCACGCUGAAGAAAGAAACGCUCGUCAAUCGAGGGGAGCUGUUGGUCGCCUGAAAUGUCGAUAUAACCAUUGUGAAUUCACAACGAAUUCGAUAAUGUUGUUAGAUCGACAUCAUGAUCAGCAUCGACGUCAGGAAGAAGAUGGGGAAGAUGUUGGACUUGAACUUCCUCCUGCUCGUUACUCAUACACAAAACGGAAAAAGCUAAAGUUGUCCAAGCGAAAUCGGCUUGUUGAUGGAUACGAAGAUGAUGAGGAUGCAGAGACUGGUGAUGGCGAGGGAGAUGAUGACAUGGCUGAUGAUGAAGAUGAUACUUAUGAUGAUGUUGGUGUAGAUGGUAACGUUACUAGACGUACUAUUACUCUUAUAAAAUCCAAUACUCGUAAAGUACAAGGCAAUGAAGAAUACACUUCAGGUAGUACAGGUGGUGUUGGUGUUUUAAACGAAAGCAAUACAACUAAUCGUCGUAUGUCUAGAGCACGUCGUCUUCCGGCUUGGUAUAAAGAUUACGAUACUGAUUUUGUUAUGCAUGAAGAGGGUGUAAUGGACAGGGAAGAAGUACAAGCUCAACUUCCACCAGGUAUAGAAUUAGAAGACCCAUCUGCUGUAGAUAAAGAAGAUGUUCCGACAGAGGAGUGGAAUAUUGUUGUAUAUGAUGAUGAUGAUGACGAAGAUGAAGAUGAAGAUAGUCCUAUAGAUUAUGAAGAUGAAGAUAGUAAUGUCAUAAACGAUAGUAGUACCUGUGAUACUACUGGACUAUUAAAUGUACAUGCUUUUGCAUAAUUAAGAAACUCCCCUCCAGUAUACAAUAUAUAUGUACAGGUUUGAAUUAAGUUCAUUAUCCAUCAGAAUAUGUGUACAGCUCUUUUAAUCAUAAAAUAUUUAAAUAUAUGUAUAAUAAAAGGUUUUAUAAUUUGACACUUUCUAGUUUUUUAUGUCUUUUCUGUUAUUAUUUCAGAGUAUCUAUUUACUUCAUGUUUAUAUAUAUAUAUAUUCCUGUUACAGUUUCUUUGUUAUGACUGUUCGUUCUCAUUGUAUUUGGCACUUAGUUUUCUUUGCAUAGAAUAAGUAAAACUGUUAGAUGUUUAUCCUCCUAUAUUUUUCUUCUAUGAAUUCAUUCUCACCUAAAAUUCAUCAGUCAUCAUAUAUUUCUCAUUAACUUGUGUGUAUUUUGUACUCCAUGAAUAAACUGGCAGCAUUUAUUCAAUAGAUCUUCGAAAGUUAUUAUUGGAUGGUAUAAAUUACAAAUUAUUUAAUCUAACAAUGAUGUCUAAUUCAGCUACAUUUUUCUUCUUAAAAAUACAUUUCUCGUAGCAUUCGA